AUGUACACCUGCUGGAAUGGCAUGAAUGGCCGCUACACCAUGGGUGUGCCUCUCAUCAAAUUUGAUUCGUACAUGGCGGUGGAGCAGGCAGAGACGCCUUUGGAUAUAGUGUUUGUCAGCGCUGAGGUGGCGCCCUGGUCCAAAACAGGCGGCCUGGGGGACGUGGUCGGCUCGCUGCCCAUCGCCCUCGCAGCCCGUGGCCACCGAGUCAUGGUAGUCGCUCCCAGGUACAUAAACGGCAAGAGUGAUGCGCUGUAUGCGGGAGCGUUUGACACCGGCUGCAGAGUGCCGCUGGACAUGGGCGCGUGUGGGACCCAGGAGGUCGCAUUCUUCCACCAACACAGCGACGGCGUCGACUGGGUCUUCGUCGACCACCCCUCCUACCACCGGCCCGGCAACCCAUACCAGGAUGAGAAUGGCGUGUUUGGCGACAACCAGUUUCGCUACGCGCUGCUGAGCCUGGCCGCCUGCGAGGCCCCCCUGCAGCUCAACAUCGGCGGCUUCAGGUCUGGGUCGCCGCCUGGGUUCCCCUAUGGAGACAAGGUGGUCUUUGUGGCCAACGACUGGCACGCCGGGUUGGUCCCCUCCUACAUUGCCGGCAAGUACCGCAGAGCCGGCGUUUACAAGGAUGCGCGGUGCAUCUUUGCGAUUCACAAUCUGAGCCACCAGGGCGUGGAGCCGGCCGCCACCUUCAGCAACUUUGGCCUGCCCGAAGACUGGUAUGACCCGCUGUCGUGGGAGUACCCGAGCUGGGCCUCGAUCAACGGCCCGGCUGUCAACAUCCUGAAGGGGGCCCUCGUGGCAUCCGACCGCAUCGUCACCGUCAGUCAGGGGUACGCGUGGGAGAUAACCACCCCGGAGGGCGGCUGGGGCCUGCACGGCGUGCUGCAGGCGCGACAGCACGUGCUCAACGGAAUCACCAACGGGGUCGACACCGCCGAAUGGGACCCCCAAACCGACGCGCACACGCCCGCGCCCUUCUGCGCGAACGACCUGAGGGGAAAGGCCGACUGCAAGGCCGCCCUGCAACGCGAGCUGGGCUUCAAGGUCAACCACGAGGUGCCGCUGGUUGGGUGGAUUGGGCGGUUGGACCACCAGAAGGGGCCUGACCUGGCGCUGGAGGCCGUUCCCGGCCUCGCGGCCCGCGGAUGCGAGUUUGUUAUGCUGGGCAGCGGGGACGCGGAGUACGAGAAUGCAAUGCGCGCAGCCGAGGCAGAACAUCCGGCCAGCUUCCGCGGCUGGGUCGGCUUCUCAGUGCCCGUGGCCCACCGCAUCAUCGCAGGCUGCGACAUUCUGCUGAUGCCCUCGCGGUUUGAGCCGUGCGGGCUGAAUCAGCUGUUUGCCAUGCGCUACGGAACCAUCCCCAUCGCGCACGCCACUGGCGGCCUUCGAGACACCAUCCAGGACUACUCCCCCUACGCCAGCGAGCCGUCGGGCAAGGGCACAGGGUGGACCUUUUCUCCCCCGGACCCAGGGUCAAUGUUGCGAGCGGUGGACGCAGCCUUGGAGACUCGCUGGCAUCGGCCAGAGGAGUGGCAGGCCAUAAUGCGCAACGGCAUGACCGCGGAUCUGUCGUGGAACCGUGCGGCUCUGCAGUACGAGCAGAUCUUCAACUGGGCGCUCAUGGAUGCGCCCGUGCGCGCCUACUGA